AUGGACGUCGCAGAGAUCUCGAGAAUGCUGGAGCUCAAGCACACUCUGUUGCCUAUGUUCCAGGUCUCGGUCGCUUUCCUCGUACUGGCCUGGUUCGCUGUAAGCUUACGCGUGUACGUCAGAGCUUCAAUCUUGAGGUCGUUUCACUGGGACGACUGGUUGAUCCUCCUCACACUGUGCGUCUUCACAGCGUGCUGCGCGUGUCUGAUCGCCAUCGAAGACAUUGAGAGGAGCAGUGCUGCAAGUAAGGCGUUGACGAAAGGAUUUUUGGCUCAGUAUGAUUUGAUCGACAAGAUCUUUGGACUUGUGAUGGCAUUCAUGGCCCUAUACAUCGUCACCACAGUUGUUUUGAAGCUCGCGUUGGCCAUCUUUUUCCUUCGCAUCAUUCCCGAGAACUUCUCGUGGCAGAGGAAGACCAUCUACAUCUCUACAGGGAUCUAUACGACUUACGGCCUGAUGUUCACAUUCAUCGUCAUCUUCCAGUGUGGCAACCCUACCAGCUUCUUCCUCCAGGAGGCGCGGAAAGCUUGUGUGUCCGACACGAUACUUCAACCGCUUUACUACACGGCUGGCGGCAUGAAUGCUCUGACUGAUUGGCUCUUUUCCCUUUUACCAGUCACGGUUAUCUGGAGUGCGGCAAUCCCCCGGUCGACAAAGAUCUCGGCCGGCUGCCUCCUAGGUCUCGGCUCUCUCGCGAGUAUUGCAUCACUCAUUCGACUGGCGUAUAUCCCUGGUAUCGAAGCAUCGCCAACAUUCUUGGAGCAUGCCGUCAACAUAGCAAGUUGGUCGAUCGUAGAGCCAGGACUUGGAAUUGUGGCAGCAUCACUUGCGACCCUUCGACCACUCUUCCGACACUGCUUCCCCAGCAAGCAACACACAGUGCUGCCUACCACACACAGAGGCAAGCCAAUCACGUACACACCCGGCACAUACGUCUCACGUAUGAGCUUCGAAGACAAGAUCAACCCAUAUGGAGACCUACAGAUGGGAUCUGUGACGACGAUCGUGGGCAAUUCCAAGGACGACGGCGCAGAGCUACAAACGAUAGACCGCAAAGCCAAGAAGACUUUGUCGAGCAUUCAGGAGAUGUCUGUGCAUUCCAGAACACCUUCGGGCAUGUCUGAUGUAUGUCGGGUGGACAGCGGAACCAAGCUGGAAAGACAGUCAAGUCUGAGGUCACUGAUGCGACACGAACGCUAUCAAUUCCCUCGACCACCGAGUGCUACCAAGAAGGCGUACAUCAAGAACGGACGCGUCGUCAUGAGCAGAGACAUCAAGAUCGAGCAAGAACUUUCAGUGUCGCAUUCACAGCCAUCAUCGCCGGUGUAA